AUGCCCUUUCUUGACGAUCCGGAGGAGAGCGGGAAGGACGAGGAAGAGUGGGCAUUGAUGGAUCCUUCACAGAGGAAUCUCUACAAAGAUGUGAUGCUGGAGACCUUUAUGAACCUCACUGCUAUAGGCUACAACUGGGAAGAUCUUGAAGUUGAAGAACUUUGUCAAAAUUCUCGAAAACAUGGAAGUACUCUUCAAUUGCAUGAAAGAACACAUACUGGAGAGAAACCCUAUGAAUGUAAUCAGUGUGGGAAAGCCUUUGCACAAAACGGUGUUCUUCAAGUGCAUAAAAGAAUACAUACUGGAGUCAAACCCUAUGAAUGUCAUCAGUGUGAUAACGCUUUUGCUCGUCAUAAUGAUCUUCAAAAGCAUGAAAGAACACAUACUGGAGAGAAACCCCAUGAAUGCAAUCAGUGUGGUAAAUCUUUUGCUUAUCACAGUCAUCUUCAAGUACAUGAAAGAACACAUACUGGAGAGAAACCCUAUCAAUGUAAUCAGUGUUGUAAGUCCUUUGCUUAUCACAAUACUCUUCAAAGGCAUAAAAGAACACAUACUGGAGAGAAACCCUAUGAAUGUAAUCAGUGUGGUAAAGCUUUUGUUCAUCACAGUACUCAUAAAUUCCAUGAAAGAACACAUACUGGAGAAAAACCCCAUGAAUGCAAUCAGUGUGGUAAAUCUUUUGCUUAUCACAGUCAUCUUCAAGUACAUGAAAGAACACAUACUGGAGAGAAACCCUAUCAAUGUAAUCAGUGUUGUAAGACCUUUGCUUAUCACAAUACUCUUCAAAGGCAUAAAAGAAUACAUACUGGAGAGAAACUCUAUCAAUGUAAUCAGUGUUGUAAGUCCUUUGCUUAUCACAAUACUCUUCAAAGGCAUAAAAGAACACAUACUGGAGAGAAACCCUAUGAAUGUAAUCAAUGUGGUAAAGCUUUUGCUCGUCACAAUACUCUUCAAUUGCAUGAAAGAACACAUACUGGAGAGAAACCCUAUGAAUGUAAUCAGUGUGGGAAAGCAUUUGCUCGUCAUAGUUAUCUUCAAGGGCAUGAAAGAACACAUACUGGAGAGAAACCCUAUGAAUGUAAUCAGUGUGGGAAAGCGUUUGCUCGUCAUAGUACUCUUCAAAGGCACGAAAGAACACAUACUGGAGAGAAACCCUAUGUAUGUAAUCAGUGUGGUAAAGCCUUUGCUAAUCACACUGCUCUUCAGUUUCAUGGAAGAACACAUAUUUGA